UGAGAUGAAUCGCCCCGCGUUUUGUGCAGCAUCCCUGUGAUAUACAGCGACCAUCAGUUUACGCAGAUAAAUGUUUACACGAGCGGGCGAGGUGGGAUCGAUUUUUGCGCAACAGUAUAUCUGGACUACUCUGCCCGGCUGUUUUUAAAAUCUCCGUGCAACAGUUGCACUCGCACUAUUUAAAUGAAUCUUGUAAGAUAUAUGAACAAUCGAGCACCCGCUAAUAAGAGGUAUCAGCCAACGGAAUAUGAACAUGCAGCUAACUGUGCUACACACGCGCUCUGGAUCAUUCCCAGUAUCAUGGGUGGAGUGUUGCUGUACUUCCUCUCCAAUGACCAAUGGGAGGAGACAUCUGCAUGGCUGUAUGGCGCGGGGUUAUCGAGCCUGUUUACCAUAUCCACAGCAUUCCACAUCAUCACUUGGAAGAAGAGUCAUCUACGAUCAGUCGAGCAUUGUUUCCACAUGUGUGACAGGAUAGUAAUAUAUUUCUUCAUUGCUGCAUCCUACACCCCCUGGCUAACUUUACGAGAGCUUGGCCCGUGGGCUGCUCACAUGCGUUGGGUUGUCUGGGUGAUGGCCUCUGGAGGAACAACAUAUGUCUUCUUCUUUCAUGAGAGGUAUAAAGUGAUUGAGCUGGUCUGCUACACAGCAAUGGGAGUGUUUCCUGCCUUAGUGGUCCUCUCCAUGACGGAUAGGGCAGGUCUGUAUGAGCUGUUGGUUGGAGGUGGGUGUUACGUGUUGGGGAUGGUAUUCUUUAAAAGUGAUGGAGUAGUUCCCUUCGCUCAUGCUAUAUGGCACCUGUUUGUUGCCAUGGGAGCAGGCAUCCAUUACUACGCCAUCUGGAAGUACUUGUACACACCUGUCAAUCAACAAACCAGCACAGCUCGGUGACAAACAUGUGCACACACAUACACACACACGCAUCUAUACACACAUCUAUAUAUUCAAUUACCUUGCAGUGUGGUGAAAUAUAUUACUGAAAUGUUCAAGUACAAACACUGUAAUCUCAGAGAAAAUCUAUUUGAGUAAGGAUGGGAAAAUGGUUCAUUCAAAAAUAUCGGGUUGCAUUUUGUUGGCAGGCAACAUAGCUGCAGUUAGAUUUCACUAAAGACACACACAUGAAUGUAAAGCAUAAUUUGGCCAUUCAAAGAAAGAAACAUCUUUGCUAUUUAGAAAUGCUUCUUAAAAUACAAGGUAAAACUCCGGAUCUUAGAGGUAUAAGGAUACUUGAACCAUCACCUCAGUUUUAGGACAAAGAAAGUAUUUCUCUUCUUCUAUUUCUCUUUUCUGUCUGACACUGCCGACAGGGGCCCUCUCUCUACUGCUGAGGAAGAGAGAAGGAUUUAUCUUGUAUUACUGUUUACUCAGUGCUGUUUGCCAUUUGUGAACAUUAAAUGGCCUGUGCCAUUAUAUCUAUAUCAUAUCAUACACCCACUUACAUUAAUAUAUUUCAGUGUUCAUUUUAGUGUGAAAUGCCACAAGUGCUUCAGUGACAAAGGCUCAAGACUAAAGGCAGCUGCUGUCACUUCAAAACCUUGCCCUGAAAGGUUGAGCAUCUGGUCCAAUUCUGCUGCUUCCUGUUUUACCAGAAAUGUUGACCCACAGAUAAUUUGUCUUUAUCACAAUCCCUGCUUUGUAACAGAGGCCCAUACAAUUGGCCCAAACUUUUUUAUUUCUCCAUUUUACCAAGAUGUUCCUGAUACGUGAUCCAAGAAUGCUAUAACAUGAUGUUUCUCAGGGCCAUUGUUGACCAUUAAUAAUGAAUGGCCAGACUAUCAGGAAUAAGUUCAUGCUUUUGGUUGGUUAAAGUAGCCAAAGUUCUGCUCUCAGGGGACUCCCAUUGGCUGGUCUCAGGGGAAUCCCAUUGGCUUGUAUCAUUUUCAUUUCUCUAACAUUCCCCUGUGGUGCAAACAGACUCAGCCAUUAUUGUACACAAAACUAAAAUUCCUAAUAGGUAAAUUACAUAUAACUAAUGGUUUUAUUAAAAUUUUUA